AUGCCGGUUAAUCCCUUUCAAGCCCGUUCUGUACCAGAUAAAUCAAUUGAAAGUCGACUAGGCCAAGUUUUAGGUAGUACUUUAGACCAAGAUUAUCCUAAGAAAGUCAAAACAGAGGAAAGUAAAAUCAAAACAGAAGUGAGCCUAGUAACUAGUGAAGCAGAAAUUCUUAAGUCCUUAUCAGUAAAAAGAGAAGAUAAGCCUAAACCCGAUCCAAUUGAUAGAUACUCGUUUUUUAAUCUAGUUAAAUCUAACGUAACUGAAGAUCAGAAGAAAGGUAUAGAAACGGUUCUGCAAGACCGAGUGUACUACCAUGUACCAGAGACUGAAAGUAUUAGACGAGAAGAGGGUUCUUCUUUUGCUGCUAUCUUUACUAAUUGGCGAAAGGCCUUAUCAGGUAUCUUUUCUGAGUAUCGGGCGGCUUGUAUUCAGAAUAAGAAGGAGUUUGCCUUUAUGGCUUAUGUGGAAGAGGCUUUGUGCUUCUUUCAUACGGCAGGGUAUGGUGGAUGUAGUUUGCUUUGUUGUGUGGAGAAGAAGCGGUAUGCCUUACGGAUUGCUUGUAGUGAUAAGGACCAUUCUUUGCUAGUGGAGAAGAAGUUCCAAUCGGAUAAGGAUGGGUUUUAUUUGGCCGGAACGGGUGUAUUGUUUAUCUUGGAUAUAAUUUUGAAUUUUCAAGCAUCAUCAGUUGUGCCUUUGCCUUUUAUCUUAUCACCUUCUUUCUUCUUUAAUGGGAUAGCUAGUCGGCCAACUGUGCAAUGUCGAGCUGUUAAAAGUGCGCAAGCUAAAACUUACCGCCUAGUAAUUACAGGCUGGGUGCUCAGUAGUGAUAUUUUACUGCUUAAUAAGGCAGCUGAUACACAGGCCAGCAUUAUCCCUAGUCAUUCCACCCCAACAGAAACCUCAUCUGCCCUUCAUAGAUUGGCCUAG